UGCACAGUAAUCCGGUUGAAAUCUACAUAAAGAUUGUGUCUGUAUGCAAACAUUUCCACCGAUUACAACUUUCCUGCAAAUCUCCGUCUCAAGGUACUCGCUCUCCAUAAUUCUCUUGCAAAAUGAUAAUUUCAUAGGCUUUGAACGCCAUAGAACAAUUAACAUGACGCUAUUUUCCAUUGAGUUUAUUCCUCGUAGCAUCACUUUCACUACCCAACAACGACAGAAACCCACUUCAAAUUCAUUUCACAGCACUGUUGUUGGCUGCUUACACCCUAAUUUGAAUGAUACUGACAACCUGAGAAACCCACCAAACCUUAGCGUUUCUGCUGAAACAAGACCUACCCACGUCUUAUCUCUUGAUUUCAAAGAGAUUCAUCUGAUUAAACUGCUUAAUCGGUCUUGUAAGGCAGGCAAGUAUAAUGAAUCACUCUACUUUCUUGAGUGUAUGGUCGAUAAAGGUUAUAAGCCUGAUGUUAUUAUGUGCACCAAGCUUAUUAAAGGGUUUUUUAAUUCAAGAAAAAUAGACAAGGCUAUUAGAGUCAUGGAAAUUUUGGAAAUAUAUGGUAAACCUGAUGUUUUUGCCUAUAAUGCAUUGAUUAGUGGGUUUUGUAAGGCUAAUCAGAUUGAAAAUGCUAAUAGAGUUCUUGAUAGGAUGAAAAGUAGGGGAUUUUUGCCUGAUGUUGUUACAUAUAAUAUAAUGAUUGGAAGCUUUUGUAGUAGAGGAAAGCUUGAUUUGGCUUUGAAGGUUUUUGAGGAAUUGUUGAAAGAUAAUUGCAAACCUACUGUGAUUACCUACACAAUUUUGAUAGAGGCAACCAUUCUUGAAGGUGGGAUUGAUGAAGCUAUGAAGCUUUUAGAUGAAAUGUUAUCAAGAGGGCUUGAGCCUGAUACUUUUACUUAUAAUGCAAUAAUUAGAGGGAUGUGUAAGGAAGAUAUGGUGGACAGAGCUUUUGAUCUUGUUAGAAUCUUAAACUCAAGGGCUUGUAGGCCAGAUGUGAUCACAUACAAUAUAUUAGUAAGAGCACUUUUGAAUCAAGGGAAAUGGAAUGAAGGGGAGAAAUUACUGAAUGAGAUGAUUGCAAGAGGUUGUAAGCCUAAUGCUGUUACUCAUAGCAUUUUGAUUGGCGCACUGUGCCAUGACGGCAAAGUUGAGGAAGCAGUGAGCUUGUUGAAGUCUAUGAAAGAAAAGGGUUUGAAGCCUAAUGCUUAUUGUUAUGAUCCAUUGAUUGCCGCUUUCUGCAGAGAAGGAAAUUUACACUUGGCAAUUGAAUUCUUGGAUUAUAUGAUUUCUGAUGGUUGCUUGCCAGAUAUUGUGAACUAUAAUACGAUAAUGGCUGGUUUGUGCAAGAAAGGAAAUGCUGAUCAUGCUUUAGAAGUCUUCCAAAAACUAAAUGAAGUGGGUUGUCCUCCAACUGUGAGUUCUUACAAUACAAUGUUCAGUGCAUUGUGGAGCUGUGGAGAUAAAUAUAGAGCAUUAGGAAUGAUAUUGGAGAUGCUUAACCAAGGAAUUGAUCCCGAUGAGAUAACUUAUAAUUCACUCAUUUCAUGUUUGUGCAGGGAUGGAAUGGUGAAUGAAGCUAUUGGGCUGUUGGUAGACAUGGAAAAAAGUAGGUUCCAGCCAAACAUUGUUAGCUAUAACAUUAUUCUUCUUGGACUGUGCAAAGCAAAUAGAGUGAAUGAUGCCAUUGAAGUGCUAGCAGCAAUUAUUGAAAAAGGAUGUCAACCAAAUGAAACCACUUAUACUUUAUUGAUUGAAGGUGUUGGCUUUACCGGGUUACGAGCUGAAGCUAUGAGGUUGGCUAAUGCCCUUCACUAUAUGAAUGCUAUUUCUGAAGAUUCAUUCAAACGUCUAAACAGGACUUUCCCUUUGCUUAAUGUUUACAAGGACUUCAGUUUCUCUAAUUCUAAAGAAUAAUUUCUGUUGUUCUACAUUUGAGGUUUUUGAGUUUGAACGGAAAUCAACAAAUAGGCUUUUCUAAUUACAGUAUAGCCUUAUUCUUUUGAUGGUUUCAAACUCUAUAGGAACAAAAGACACGAGGGAUUCACGCCGUUGAAUGUUGAUGCAGGGAAUAAUUUUGUGGGAUGUUUUCAGGAAAAAAAAAAAUUCUUAUGAUGAGUAUUUCAAGAGCAUUUAAACAUUGGAGUGCAGAAUUGGAGAAGCAACCUGUCAGGUGCAACAAUGAUGUGAAGUGAUCUUCUAAUUCUCUGCUGACUAAACGAUCAGGUAUCACAUUCAUUUUAGAUAAAAUGGUGAGAGGAGAUUCAUGUCUGUACUAAACAACACUGUUGUAUAUGAUAAAAUGUUUUGAUUUUUCCUGUGUGUAUCAACCGGAGAUUUGCAGAUUGUUUUGGUGUGGGGCUUCUGCAUCUGUGCUUUUAAGUUGUAACCUUUAUUUAUUUAUUAUUAUUAUUAUUUUUUUUUGCACUAUCUAUUAUGUUGUCAGGAACUAAAAUUGUAAAUUAAUGCUUCACUUUUUAUCUUGUAGAAAUGGUAUUACCUUGUUCAUUGCAUAAA